AUGGAUGAUGCGUUCGAUCGAAGUAAAAACUUGGAACAACUGGCACUGGUAUGGUUCGACACAGAAAACAUUGUCGAUAAUGAACUUGAAAUAAGAAUGCGUGCAAUAAUUGAUUAUUUUAAAUUUUUUAAUCACGCAGACGAAUGCUACGACUAUCUCAGAAGUACCCAUCAAGCCAAAUUAUUCAUUAUUAUUUCAUCAAAUUAUAACAAAAUAGAUCAGAUACGACAUUUUCUUACAACUGUUCAUCAAUUCAAACACGUACAUGCAGUGUAUGUGUAUCUAACCGAUGAGAAUAACGAACGUGAAAUGGACAUGGAUUACCCUAAGGUAUGUGGCGUAUACAUGGAGCUGCAAAAAUUGGUAAGCGAAUUGGGUGAAAAAGUAGCAACGUUGACCAAGUAUGCAAAUAUGCUCUUUGAAUGCUCGACAGGCGGCACUACAACAUCUUAUAUUGGUAUCAAUGAAAUGUGGUACCAACGGUCAAUUGAUAUUGCACUUUCACUACCAAUUAGUAAUAACGAUCGACAAACAUUAAUCGAUAAGUGCAGAAUGUAUUAUAAAGGUAAUACCAUGACUGAAGAAAUUAUCGACGAAUUUGAGAAGACUUAUGAUCCAGACAAAGCUAUUUGGUGGUACACGCGAAAUUGCUUUUUAUACCGUAUUCUGAACGGAGUCUUAAGACAGAAAAAUAUGGAAGCAGCACUUUACUUUCGCUUCUAUCUAUUGGAUAUUUGCAAACAAUUAAAAUCAGUGCAGGAGGAAUACUUAGAAUAUUUCGAUGAUAGGCCUCUAUUGAAAACUUAUCGCGGUCAAUUGAUGACACGUGAAGAAGUGAUUUAUCUUGAAAAAUUCGCCGGUUUUACAUAUUCUAUAAAUAGUCUUCUGUCGACGACUACUAAUCGGUCAACUGCGCUAAUAUUUUCUGGUAUCACCGGCUCGGCAACACCACGUAGCGAUGGCUAUAUUUCAGUCUUGUUUGAAAUAGAAGCCGAUACCCGUUUAUUACAAAAACCAUUUGCAUAUAUUGGUCACUUGAGCUAUUUUGGUUCCAACGAAGACGAAGUUUUGUUUAUGAUAGGCGCCAUGUUACUCUUAACGGCAACCCAAUACGACGAACAACAAAAUUUACAUAUAUUCAAAUUCUCCUUGAUUAGUUAUAAAGAUUUAACAUACCCUAAUCCUCAACUUCCAUCAGCAAUCUCAAUCGAGUCAAAAUUCAUAAACAUUGGCUAUUUAAUACAAAGAUCAUAUUUACACGAAUCUCAUGCUGCGAAAUACUAUAACAGCUUACUAAAUGAUUUCCUUGGAGAUAGUCAAAACACCUGUGCUUGUUACAUUGGCUUGGGUUGGAUUGCAUGUGAAAAUGAUAAGUAUGACCUAGCUUUGAAAUAUCAAACAACAGCAUUGCAACUAUACGACCAAGCGCGACUGUCGUCGACUGAUCUUCUACUGAAUAUAUACAAUUGUCUUGGAGCAAUUAAUCGGAAAGAGAAUAAUUACGAACAGGCAAUGGAUUUUUACAUUAAAGCAGAGCAAUACAAUAACGUACAAUGUAUUGAUCGUCAAUGGAUCAAUCUUGAUGAAUUUCGAAAUGUUAGUUCAAUUCAUAUGGCGGCGAUUUAUAAGCUACAACAAAGAUUUGACUUAACAUGGAACAUGUAUCUGAAAACGAUUGAGAAAAUUCCGAACGCUAAAUUGCAUAAAAUGGUGUUUGAAUAUAUUGUGAAAGCUUAUAAUGAUUCUAUAGAAAAUCGAAAACGCUUUCUUGACUAUACCAUACAAUAUCUACCAUCAUUAUAUGAAUUUAUUGUCUAUUCAUACGUGCAUAUCGUCGAGCUGGCUGUUUCGCGUAAAGACUACGAUUUUGCCAUUGAUUGUUUGAAGAAGCUUCUAGAAAUUGAAUCGAAAUCCGGCAAAAGUGCUACACAUAAGAAGCAAUAUCAUUACACUAACGUACCUUUCUUGUAUAAAAAGAUCGGUUGUUUAUAUGAAGAAAAAGGCGAUCUGAAUUCGACAAUAGAAUGGUUUGAGAAAGCGUUUGAGACUGGUAUGAUGUUCUCGCAACUUAUUUCACACAAUUACCUCAUCACACCGCGACAUAUCGCUUUAUUAUACGCAAAGCAAGGAGGCGAAAAAGUUACUUUAGCUAUAGAAUGGCAGAAAAGAUUCAUCGAGAUGUUAUUGAAGGACAAACAUAAUCUUCAAUCAUGUGCUAUGGAACUUGCACUACCCCAAAUCGAAGUGUGUGAUAUCGACAGUGAAUUGUGGCAAAUAAAUUUUCUCCAGCUACGCAUAUCUGAGACGAAACUCUGCUGGAAUGAAGUCGAAGUGCGAUCACACCAUGAAGACGAUGCAAGCACAUAUAAUAACAUGAUUGCUUUGUCUUACUAUGAUAUAGCCAAGCUAUGUGAAAGAUCGGAGGAAGCCAAUCUGUAUUAUAAAAAGUGUGUCUUAUCAUAUCUGAAGAAUGAACUACAGCAUCUUCUUCGGGACGUUAAACCAAUUAGCAUAAAGGCUAUUGAAAGUCAUUUUAGUACUGAACAGGAAGUAGAUGAAAGAUACCGCACGUGCCAUUAUUUGAAUGAAGAAAUACCAAUCCUUUGGACAACCUUACGACAACAAAAUGUAAGCAACGGUUGUAUCAAAUUGAUUCGAACAGAUUCUGGCACGGAUCCGACUAGUGUAAUAGUUAGUGUCCGAGUGCAACUUGAAGUGUUUCCAGAAAAUGAUUACGAACGUCUGAAAAAUUAUUAUGACUCUGACUACCAUAGAUGGAUAAAUAUCGGUAGUAUGAAACAUGUACGAGCGUUUCAUACAGCACUGAAGUUGCCCAAUGGAAAGAUCUUAGUAGUUGGUGGCGAAGGCGAUGGACCUGCAGCUGCUGAAUUAUACAAUCCAUCAACAGGCAAAUGGUCAGCCACUGGAAACAUGAUUUACGCACGAAAUUUGCAUACAGCAUCUGUGUUAAACAAUGGAAAAGUUUUAGUAGUCGCUGGUAGUGGUGAUUCGAAUAGCACUGAAUUAUACGAUCCGUCGACGGGGAAAUGGACCGCAGGUGCCGGUGUGAAAUAUCCUCGACGAAUGCAUACAGCAGUCGUGUUAAACGAUGGUAGAGUUUUGGUGACUGGUGGAAUAGUUGGAGGAGGUACACUUCUAAACACUGCUGAAUUGUACGAUCCAUCCACGGGUAGAUGGACUGUUACUAGUCCAAUGAAUCAAGCACGGAACUGGCAUACAGCUUCCGUAUUGAAUGACGGAAAGGUGUUGAUCGUUGGAGGAAGUAAUGCUGCUGGUGAAUAUGUUGUCAUUACUGAAUUAUAUGAUCCAUCAUCAAACACGUGGACUCCUGCUGACAACUUAAAUUAUCCACGAACUUACCACACAGCAGUUGUAUUAACCGAUGGAAAAGUUUUGAUUAUCGGCGGAUCAGACGAUGAGCAUGGAUUGCUGCAUACCUCUGAAUUGUAUGAUCCAUCGACGGGUCAUUGGACUACGACUGGUGAUUUAAAUGAAGCACGCAUGUUCCCAGGAGCAUGUCUUUUAGCUAACGGACAAGUUCUGGUCAUUGGUGGGCAGGCAAACAACGCUACACCGAUGAACACUGCCGAAUUAUACGAUCCAUCGACAGGUACAUGGACAUUGACUAGCAAGUUAAAUCACGCACGUGAUGGACACACAAUAUCUGUAUUAAAUAACGGUAGAGUAUUAGUCACUGGUGGUUAUGGAAAUAAACUGCAAAGUAGUGCUGAGCUCUACAUCCCACACACGAAAGAUGAUCAAGAUCGAACGGAACUAUGA